GCUGCUCGGGGCCCUAGUCCUGAAACUUCCUCCCGACCCUCCAGCCUCCGGGUCCCGCCGCAGCCCCGCGCCGGCCCGCCGCCCUCUGGGCCCCCUCCCCCAGCCUGUCGCUUCGCCGGAAGGCGCCGUUGAGUGCGGCGGGGCGGGUUGAGUCAGCCCCGGGCUCGGGCGGUGCCGCCAGCGGGCUGGACAGCGAUUUCUGCGCUCCCACCGCCCCGAGCCGCGGCCCUGCGCGCCUGGCCGCCCGCGCUGGCAGGGCCGGGGCGCACGUCCCGCCGGGCGCCGUGGGGGAGUGAAGUUCGCAAACUUCCGGGGCGCGGGGGCGGCCCGCGUGGGGCCCCCUCGCGCUCGGGUCGGCGCCUGCGGAGGGCGCCCGCGGAGCCUUCGCGGAGGGCGAGCCGGGCGGGCCGCGGAGCUCCUGCGCCCGCCACACGAAAACAGUUAUGGCUACCCAGGUGAUGGGGCAGUCUUCUGGAGGAGGAGGGCUAUUUACUAGCAGUGGCAACAUUGGCAUGACCUUGCCCAACGAUAUGUAUGACUUGCAUGACCUCUCCAAAGCUGAACUGGCUGCUCCUCAGCUUAUCAUGCUAGCAAAUGUGGCCUUAACUGGAGAAGUGAAUGGCAGCUGCUGUGAUUACCUGGUUGGUGAAGAAAGACAGAUGGCAGAAUUGAUGCCUGUUGGGGAUAACAACUUUUCAGAUAGUGAUGGAGAAGGACUUGAGGAAUCUGCUGAAAUAAAAGGUGAACCCAAUGGACUAGAAAACAUGGAACUGAGAAGUUUGGAACUCAAUGUUGUAGAACCACAGCCUGUAUUUGAGGCAUCAGCUGCCCCAGAAAUUUACAGCUCAAAUAAAGAUCUUCCUAAUGAAACACCUGGAGCCGAGGACAAAUGCAAAAACUUGAAGACCAAACCCUUUCGCUGCAAGCCAUGCCAAUAUGAAGCAGAAUCCGAAGAGCAGUUUGUGCAUCAUAUUAGAGUUCAUAGUGCCAAGAAGUUUUUUGUGGAAGAAAGUGCAGAGAAGCAAGCAAAAGCUAGAGAAUCUGGCUCUUCUACUGCAGAAGAGGGAGAUUUCUCUAAGGGUCCCAUUCGCUGUGACCGCUGUGGCUACAAUACCAAUAGAUAUGAUCACUAUACUGCACACCUGAAGCACCACACAAGAGCUGGGGAUAAUGAGCGAGUCUACAAGUGCAUCAUUUGCACUUACACAACAGUAAGCGAGUAUCACUGGAGGAAACACUUAAGAAACCAUUUUCCAAGGAAAGUGUACACAUGUGGCAAAUGCAACUAUUUUUCAGACAGAAAAAACAAUUAUGUUCAGCAUGUUCGAACUCAUACAGGAGAACGCCCAUAUAAAUGUGAACUUUGUCCUUAUUCAAGUUCUCAGAAGACUCAUCUAACUCGACAUAUGCGUACUCAUUCAGGUGAGAAGCCAUUUAAAUGUGAUCAGUGCAGUUAUGUGGCCUCUAAUCAACAUGAAGUAACCCGCCAUGCAAGACAGGUUCACAAUGGGCCUAAACCUCUUAAUUGCCCCCACUGUGACUACAAAACAGCAGAUAGAAGCAACUUCAAAAAACAUGUAGAGCUACAUGUGAACCCACGGCAGUUCAAUUGCCCUGUAUGCGACUAUGCAGCUUCCAAGAAGUGUAAUCUACAGUAUCAUUUCAAAUCUAAGCAUCCUACUUGUCCUAAUAAAACAAUGGAUGUGUCAAAAGUGAAAUUAAAGAAAACCAAAAAGCGAGAGGCUGACUUACUUGAUAACAAUAUCACCAAUGAAAAAACAGAAACAGAGCAAACAAAAAUAAAAGGGGAUGUGGCUGGAAAGAAAAAUGAGAAGUCUGUAAAAGUAGAGAAAAAAGAUAAUGUUUCAAAAGAGAAAAAACCUGGUAGCAAUGUUUCAGUGAUUCAGGUCACUACCAGAACUCGCAAAUCAGCAACAGAAGCUAAAGAGAUGGAAGUGCAUACAAGAAGUAAUUCAGAAAAAUCCUGUAAAGCCAAGAAAAGCAAAAGGAAGACGGAAACUGAAGCCCAUUCCUUGCAUGGUCCUGUGAAUGAAGAGGAAUCUGUGACAAAAAAGAAAAGGAAGAUAGAAGGUAAAUCCAAAAAUAGUCAGGAAGUGCCAAAGGGUGAUAGCAAAGUGGAGGAGAAUAAGGAAGAGAAUAAAAAACAAAAUACUGGUGUGAAAAAAAGUGCAAAGAAGAAAACUCUAAAAAGUAAACCAAGUAAAAAAAGCAGUAAGCCUUCUCAGAAAGAGUCCUCUCAGAAGGAACCUGUUCAAAGGGAGACUAGUCAGAAGGGGCCUGCUCAGAUAGAGCCUGCUCACAUGGAGGUGGUUCACCAGGGGCCUGCUGAACUCGAGCCUGCUCCUGUGGAGGUGGUUCACCAGGGAUCUGUUCACAUGGAGCUGCCCCCUCCUGUGGAGCCUGUCCACAUGGAGGAGGUUGUUCACAAGGGACCUGCUCACAUGGAGCCGCCCCCUCCUGUGGAGCCUGUCCACAUGGAGGAGGUUCAGAAGGGGCCUGCUGAAGUGGAGUUGCCCUGUCCUAUGGAUUCUCCUCUUACGGAGGCUGUUCAGAAGGGGCCUGUGCAGAUGGAGUUGCCUCCUCCCGUGGAACCUGCUCAGAUGGGGCCUGUUAACCUGGAGUCUGUUCAGAUGGAGGUUGUUCAGAAGGAGCCUGCUCAGAUGGAGCUGCCUCCUCCUAUAGAUCCUCCUCUUCACAAUGAACCAGUUCCCAAAAAGACUUCUCCCCGAAAAGAUAACAGAAAGGAAAAGUCCAAUAUGCAGAGUGAAAUGGCACGGAAGGAGCAAGUCCUUAUUGAAGUUGGCUUAGUGCCUGUUAAAGAUAGCCAACUUCUAAAGGAAAGUAGAAGCACACAAGAAAUUUUGGCACCAUCACCACCACUGCCAGAGGAAAACUUAAAAGAGGAGGAGUCAAAAGACCAAAAAUUAUUCUCUGAAGUUGAAGGAAACAAAGAAGACCCUCUUCUGAAAGUAGGAGCAGAAGAAGCAGAGAAGAGUGUAGCUGAUUCCUGUACCAAGGAAUCUACUAGUGUUUCAUCUUCAGGACAAAAGUUGAAUAUGCCAGAGGGUGAAACUUUAGACGAUAAGCAUCAGACUGACUCAGCUAUGCUUUGUGAAGUGGAAAUGGACACUGAUCAGAACACAACAGAGAAUCUCCCUGCUAAAGACUCAGCAGUUGAAGAACCAGUUUCACCAUUGGAUCUUCCCCCACCAAUAGAUGAACAUGAAGCAGUGUCCAAAACUGCACUGGCUUCACCUCCUGUUACUGUGGCAGUAAAUGAGUCUCAGGAAAUUGAUGAAGAUGAAGGUAUCCACAGUCAUGAUGGAAGUGACCUAAGUGACAACAUGUCAGAGGGUAGUGAUGAUUCUGGAUUGCAUGGGGCUCGUCCAGUUCCACAAGACGCUAGUACGAAAGAUGCAAAAGAAACCUUGGCAGUAAAAGUGACUGAGGGAGAUUUUGUUUGUAUCUUCUGUGAUCGUUCUUUUAGGAAAGAAAAAGAUUACAGCAAACACCUCAAUCGCCAUUUGGUUAACGUGUACUUCCUUGAAAAAGCAGCUCAAGGGCAGGAGUAAUUAAAGUUUGGACAAGGUUGCAGUUCUUGGUUUGUAAGAGCUAUUACUUAUUAUAUUCAUUUAUAGUAGUAGAACAACCUUUUAAGAUUGCUUUAAUUAGUGUCCAGUGUUGAUUUUUAAGAGGCAUCCUUUUAUCCUUAGGACUUCAUGCAUACCUAUUGUAUAAAUUUUAGCAAAUCCAAGGGAGUUAAUGUACUAAGACCAGCAAAUACCUUAAUCUGUUUAGCCUGUGUGUUCAAUUGAAAUGAGAAGGCCAUGAUGGUAUAUAGCAUUCUAUUGCUUUGUCCAUCUACAACUUAUCAGUUUUUUCUCCAUGUCUGUCUUCUGUAUCACUUUAGUUUACUUCUCCUUUUUUGUUUAGCUCCAUAAAAAUUGGCUUAAUAGCAAAUUACUUGAACAAUUUGCCUGCUUUAUAUAAAGUUAGCACUUUAAGAUUUCUUUAGAGAUGAAAAAAGACAUUUAAAUUGAAGAAAAAUUAGCCCAACAAUGGACAUGGUAUCAGUCCAGGUAUUUACUUCCUGAGUUUUGAUCAAUAUUUUGUGUUUUAAUUGUCAUAAAACAGUGAUUUGGGUGUGUUUUUUUAUUUUGGUGCUUUAAUGGCUUAAGAUGUUGCACAUUUUUUUUUUAACCUAUGCAGUUAUAUUUUUCUAGAAAUAGCAUUUGUGUUGAGCAGUAACACUUUAUACAUAUAUAUGCAUGUUUAUUUUGGCCUCGUCAGAGGAGUAUUUUUAGGCUUGUUUGCAAAAGGGCAGUUUUUAUUUUCUUUGCUGCAAUUGUCUUUUUUGCAGAAUAAUAGUGUGUGCAAGUUUGUGAGCAAAUGAAACAUGCAGGUUCAAUCCAUUCAUUAUGAUUUUCAUAUUUUAUACCUAUGCCAGAAUCUGUAUUUCACAUUGUUAUUUAUUUUGAAUGAAUAUAAUAAAUUCACAGCUCUCUUUAUUGAUUUUGCAAUAAAUAAACCGAUAGGUUUUUAUUUUUAAAACACAUUUUUGUCUCAAAUACCAACUAUCAGUUACUUUAUUUUUUAAUGUUUUUGCCUGUUAUGGUACAUUACUUUUUAGUUGUGUUAUCUUUGAGGAGAACCUUUCCUCAAAAAAUGGUUGGUGUCCAUGUAGCUACUUAGUUGAAUAAAGAACUGUAACUGAGAUUUGGAAAUUAUAAACCUGGAAUUAGGAGAUUAAUCAUUCCUUCAAGUUGCAUGGGAUAUCACUUGUGAGAUUCCAAAGCCAUAGCUUUUACACAGCAAAUCUAGAAUGAGAGAUGGCAUGAGUUCUGGCAAGUCAGCUGCAACUUCCUGUGAAUACAGUGAAGAAGGCUGGUGAACUUCAGUACAGUCCAGAUUUUAAAAAUCAUACUUCUCAGGGAUCUCCACAAACUAGUGGGUGUCCUGGCUGUCCCUCUGACAGCCUCUUCUACAGGUGAGGCCUCAAGUGAAUUGCAGCUAUUCUGGUGUGCCUAUAGGGGCACUUUGUAUGAAAAAGGGUGUGUACUCCAAAACUGUUUCGUAGGUUCUUUGGCCAUUUGCCAGAGUAUGAAAGAAUCCAACAUAGGAUUUUUAUUAAAGUUAGGAGUUCAUUUCAGUAAAACAGAGUAUGAUCCCAGUAAGAGAUCUUGAAUUCCAACCUCCCAUGUAUAUUCUAUUUAAAAAUAACCCCCUUCAAGAAUAUUUUAUUUUCUUUUACCUGGUAAUCUCUUUGAGGUAGGUUUCAGAUUUUGGCAGUACAACAUGAAAGAUUAGGACAAGCAUUAACGUAUGGGUGGAAAAUUUGUUAAUCUGAGAGUGAAGUUUGACUUAAAAGUGUUCAAACUUGGAAUUGACUGGGAGGCCAAAGAAUUUUAAGAAGAUUCUCUCAAGACAUGAGUAAGUUGUGUGAUAAUGGUGUGUUUGUUGUGUGUGAAUGGGAAUUUAUAAAUGUUGAAUUCUAGGCUCCGACAAUCAUUGUCAGCAGGAGAUCAAGCUGCGAAUAUUUAUGUUUUAAAACUUAAAUUAUACAGCUAGUUUUAAGUCUUCCUAACAACUAGUUUUUAAUGUUAAUGAGCACAUUUUACCUAAGUUACCUUUUACAUUAUAUUGAAAAAGAUUCAUCUUAAGCACAGAUUAGAGAUUGGGAAUCUGCUUGGGGAAGAGGUCUUUCUGGAUUCUUUCAUACUAUAAAGGAAAGAAAUUUGCCUUCUGGGGAAUUGAACUAAUUUCUAAUCUAGCCUUUAAGACUAGAAUUCUGAAAACAAAAAUAUGAAGGAAAUUAAAACCCCUUAUUAAGUUGAUGUGUAAAAACAUUGUUACUGGAAAUUGAUUGGGACUUGAGGCCUUUCUUCCAGAAAACAAGGACUUGAUUAUCAGGCCUAUAUUAGGUCCUGAACCUUAAUGCCAUGUAUUUGUACUUUUAAAAAAUUGUUUCAAUGAAAAAUAUAUUAGUAAUUGGAACUUCUGGUCCAGUUGGGAGUUCUUCCAUUUGAAAAAAUGUGAUAUUUGCAUGGAACUGUUUGAAUCUUUGUAUUUUCUAGUGCCCUCCCCCCAAUAGAAUUGAAGCUAGAACUUUCUCUUGAUAAAGGAACAAUAAAUGAGCAUGUUAUUUGUAAAUUGGUAUUUAGUAACUUAGUGGUAAAUUUGAAAUACUAGAAUGCAUUAUAAGCCUAAUCCUAGGUAGUCAUAAAAAUCUAAUUAUUUUCGAACCUGUAUUCCCAUUAGUUUUCAAGAUAUUUUAAGUUAUAUUUUUCCUCUUUAUCUGAGCUGCUUCUUAUUUGGGGGCUACUUUUAUUUUUAUUGAGGCAUCAUUUGUAAGGAGUUACAUUGUUUCGAUAAGGCUUCUUAUAACUGUAGCUGGAUGUUUUGCUCUAAUCUUCCAAGAAGGGCCAUUUUAUUUCUUAGUCACUUAAAAAGGCAUGUGGUCAUUGACUUUGGGGGGCCAUUUACAUGAGCGCUGAUACAAAUUAAAACCCCAGUUAACCUCAUCACAUGUCACCCCAUGAAUGUUAACGAUGGAAGGAAUACCUGUAGUAUACUGUCACUUCUGGACUGAAAAACUGGGGAAGAAAAUUUACUUUGCAUACAUCAAAAAAACUUAAAGCCAGUGUGCAGAGUUUCAUUGUUGACCUCAGCAGAUGAAGUGAGCUGAUAGUGUUAAUUCAGAUUUAAGAAAUUAUCUGAAUCUUUGUGUAGAUUUACAGUCUACAUGCUAUAUAAACUAUAUCAGAUAGCUUUUACAGUACCACGUGUGUACAUAGGCACCCUCCCAACCCCUUCUAUAUCCAUUUGUUACUGAAUUUUCUAAACUGGCAUUGUAACAUUACAACAAUGUUUUGUUGCACCAAUUUUAUAAACUUUUACAGUGCAAUACGUGUUAUUUUUUCUGAGGCAAACCAAAGGUAUAUUUCUCAAGGUUCUUGCUGCUUUCUUUAGCAGCAUUCGAUGGCGGAUCUUUUAUAUACAUUUGUAAUAGAUAAAAAUAAGCCAGAUUGCAAAUUCUUUUUAAAAUCUUAAACCAUGUACCAAGUUUUUGGUUGAAAUUGUGUAGGAUAAGUUAAACUUAAAUUGCAUUCUAUUAACCAAUGUGAGUGUAUUUCUGUAAGCAUAGUUAUGUUGAAAUAAAGUUUUAAAAAGCAAAAUGUCUUUGUUUAUUAUUUGUAUGUGUCAAGAAAGCUGAACUUAAUUUUUCUGGGGCUGAAAGAAUAUGUGUACUUGAUAAAAUUGUAGAUAGAAAGGUCAUGCAAUCUUUAUUGUUGGAGUAACAGUGCAGUGGGUAACAGUCUAAAGUGUGUCCCUGUCCCUGUCUCUCUCUCUCUCUUCUAUCUAUCUAUCUAUCUAUCUAUAU